GGGGAGAAGGCAAGGCUGGGUGUUUGGCUAGCAAGUAAUGUGUCCAGUUCACGACAGCCCGGCCACAUCAACAAAUCCCCUUUGUUACGGGGCAAAAGCAGCAGAACAAAUUGUGUCAAUAAUUUCCAGUGAGGGCGAGUGAACACAUGAGGGGACACUGAUGACAGUAACAGGGGCCUGGAGCGACGCUGAGCUGAGCCCUCCCAAGGCCAAAGCAAGUGUGGACCCUUGUGCACCAGAGAGAACAUCAUGGUGGCUUUCAAAGGCGUCUGGACUCAAGCAUUCUGGAAGGCAGUCACUGCAGAAUUUCUGGCCAUGCUUAUCUUUGUCCUGCUCAGCCUGGGGUCCACCAUCAACUGGGGCGGAACAGAAAAGCCCUUGCCCGUUGACAUGCUUCUCAUCUCUCUGUGCUUUGGACUCAGCAUUGCCACCAUGGUGCAGUGCUUCGGCCACAUCAGUGGAGGUCACAUCAACCCAGCCGUGACCGUGGCCAUGGUGUGCACCCGGAAGAUCAGCAUCGCCAAGUCUGUCUUCUACAUCACAGCCCAGUGCCUGGGGGCCAUCGUAGGAGCUGGGAUUCUCUACCUGGUCACACCUCCCAGUGUGGCGGGGGGCCUGGGAGUCACCACGGUUCAUGGAAAUCUUACUGCUGGUCAUGGUCUCCUGGUGGAGCUGAUAAUCACAUUUCAGUUGGUGUUUACUAUUUUUGCCAGCUGUGAUUCCAAGAGAACCGAUGUCACUGGCUCAAUAGCUUUAGCAAUUGGAUUUUCGGUUGCAAUUGGACAUUUAUUUGCAAUUAAUUACACAGGCGCCAGCAUGAAUCCUGCCAGAUCCUUUGGACCUGCAGUUAUCAUGGGAAACUGGGAAAACCACUGGGUCUACUGGGUUGGACCAAUAAUAGGGGCUGUCCUCGCAGGUGCCCUUUAUGAGUAUGUCUUCUGCCCAGAUGUUGAACUCAAACGUCGGUUUAAGGAAGCCUUCAGCAAAGCUGCCCAACAAACGAAAGGAAGUUACAUGGAGGUGGAGGACAACAGGAGUCAGGUGGAAACCGAGGACUUGAUUCUGAAACCUGGAGUGGUACACGUGAUUGACAUCGACCGGGGCGAGGAGAGGAAGGGGAAAGACCCGUCUGGAGAGGUAUUGUCUUCCGUAUGACUAGAAGAUAGCACUGAAAGCAGAAGAGAUUCCUUGGAACUGUCCUCAGAUUUCCUCCCACCCAUUAAGGAAACAGAUUUGCUCUAAGUUAAACACAUGCAGAUUUUUCAUUUCUCAUUAUAUUACCCAAUCCAAACGAUAAGUAUUUUAUUAUUUACCAAGGAGGAAAGGAAGAAACCUAUUAUAAAUUUCAAAUCUAAAAGAGAAAUCUGGUUAAAGUGUCCUCAAAGCAAAUAUAUAUGUAGUUAUAUCUAGCUGCCUCUUGUUAAUAACCAUUUAAAAUGUGUGUCAAGAUUUGAUGAAGUCAUGGGCUGGGGAUUUAGCUCAGUGGUUCCACCGCCUGCUUCGCAAACACAGGGUCCCAUGUUCGAUCACCAGUACCAAAAAGAUAAAAAGAUUUGAUGAAGUCUUGUCUUACAGAACUUAGAGACAUACCUAUCAGCUUAUGCCUCCUCUGUGAGAAAAUUGGUGUCAUUGAUGAUAUUGUCAUUUGAAUAUUUGUCCAUUAAGUGAAGUUUAACAAUAACACAAUGCAGUGUGUCACAGGGUCAUGCACAUUGAAAAGAAGAAAUACAAAAAGGUCUUUUAUAACCAAUCCCUUAUUUAUAAACUACCUCUGCAAAGGAAUACGAGCAGUGGUCAUCUUUCAUCAAUUAUUUCCAUUUUUAUUGCAAAUACUGAACUUUCAACCCCAAUUCCUGUUCAUUAUACUCCUUCUUCCUCCUCAAUAUACAAGAUAAUGUGGAUAAAAGCCCAGACAAAUUAGAAACAAUAUUUAGAAAUCCUCUAUAUUUCUAAGUUCCUCCUCUUAAAACUUCUGAAUCAUUAGGGGCACCUAUUGAGAUUCAGGACAAGUAGAUGGGAAAUCUUACAGUGGGUUGGAGAAAUGUUACCAUCAUAGAAAAGCCACAAGAAGAAAAAAGGAAAUUGGUAUUCUAGCUUCAAAUGGCUCUUCUGUUUUCAUUGCAUAUUCUCAGAUGCAUCACACAGGGUUAACGAUCUAAGCUUUUAAUCACUUUACCACUAUGCUUAUUUUUUAAAUUUAUUGGCAAAACUUGGGAGUUUAUGUGCUUGUAACUUUAUUUAUCUGUAUCGAGACAUUUGCUGAGACUUAUUUUUGACAACAAGAAUUUAGCUAUGUGGAUUGUGACUUACUGUUGAUCAUUAGGUCCCGCUCACUCUGGAAAGUACAAACUUGUGCCCAGUCCCAACCUCUGCUGCUUUCUCACCUCCUGUGACAUUUGUUGAUCUUCACCACAAAUGUAACUAUAGUUGAGCAAGUUAAAAUGCGUGACAGGAGACAGGCAAGGCAGGACGUGGCUGAGGAAUAAAAGGGAGAGAAGAGCACUUUUUUCAAACCUUUCAUUUGUAGAGAUACUGUAUACCCAAUAUAUCUCUAUAGUCCACUCGAUUUUAAAGUAUUUUGUAAGGUAAUUUGUUUUCUCUGCCCUGCUUUGGUCAGUAGACUGUUCUCUGAAAACCCCAUUUCUAUCCACCUAACUGUGGAGUCUAGACUAUAUCUUAGACAAAGAGCUGUAAAUGUCGACUUUGCUGGACAAAAGCUAGUAGCCAGGAAAACAUGACGCCCCACCACUGCGAGGAGUAGCAUGUAAAUAGCUGAUAAUCACAGGCUUUCUUCUCCCCCAGCACCGUUCCAAAUGUGUGUCACUUUUUAGUGGUAAUGGCAGUUGUGUGUCUUUGGCAGCAAGAUAAUGGACCACUAUUAAACCUGAUUCUUUCAGGGGCUAGAAAAAGAGUGAUGUGCGAGGAUCUCGGAGCGAUCACACCAGUGUCGCACCUCCGAGUGUCACUGAUGUGUUCACAUUUUUUACGGCAGGUGCCUAAAGCCUAAAGCCAGGCCCCUACCUCAGAGGCCCAACUGUAGCACCACUGCGGAAGUGAUGUGGGUCACUUUCUGAUUUGUGGCACCUGUAGAAAUGAGGGGACAACUGUGCAAGAGUGCUUUGCGCCCCCCUUUAUUUCAAAGAUUUGCACAUACACCACUAAAAGCUUGAGAUCCAGGGAUGGUUCCGUUGAAAAGUAGCAUCGACCAUCAGCAAACGUGUCAGUUCAAAACUAAAUUUAGUUAAAAAGCAAGAGUUCAACACAUUUCUGAAUAUGCUUAUAAAGUAUAGGCUUAUAAUCAUUUUUUCCUGUGGAUUAUUCCACAUACCCUCACUUUUACACUCAUUUCCAAUUAUAGCAUUCAAUAAAUUAGAGGGUUUUUUUAAGUGAAUGGUAUUUCUAUGAUUUGUUUUUCUCAGCACCUAGCAGUGUGUUGGGCACACAGUAGGCAUUCCAAGCAAGUUUGUUAGUAAAAAUAUAGAUGUCUCAUUUGGGAUUUUUGAAAAUACAAGUAAUUUUCUAAUUCUUAGUUUUUUCAAUAUUUAAUAAAAAGUGUGUUUUGAGUAUUACUAAAGGGAGGCAUUAUACAUGUGAAAACCAUAAAAUAUGCUUUUGCAUUGGACUGUGUUUAGGGGCAUGAAGUGAAUAGAAGCUUCAGCACUCUUUUUCCCCCGCAUAUGAGACAACAUAUUUUGUAUUUCACUCAAGGCUCUGCCAGUAAAAAGUAAUGAAAUUGUACCUUUCUAAUGACAUCUGUGCAGCAGGGGUCUACUGCCUUGUGGAUGACACCAAAUUAUCCAAGUGUAUUAGGAGACUGGGGCUUUUUUCUUUAAUCCCUUCUUAUUAAUAAAGUGCGUAGUGCUGCUCCCAGGAGACAGUGGCUGACAGAUACACAGAGAAGAGAUCAGAGAGGAAAAACCGGGAAGACAUAAAUGAAUUAUACCCAGCUGUGGAACAAUGCCAACAGGCUCUUCCCACAGGGAGAGUACACAAAUACCCCAAGUUAUUUGCGGCCCCGGCUCUGAAAAUGUGCUUAGUUUGUCAAAAUGAUACAGGAGGGAAAGAGCCACUUUUUAAGUUUUUGGAGUUUCAUUUAAAAAAAAAUCUUAGGACCCAGAUCCUGAAUGUAUGUUUCCAUUGUUGAAAAUAGCAUAUUCUUUUUACACUGGAAGAAAGUAUUUUCUGGAACCUAGCUGGUUGGCCAAACUCAGGUGCCAGCACUCAGGGUUUGCCAUUUGACACUGUUCUAAGUUCCUAUGUUUUCCAUCAUCUAAGCCUUUUCUUACCGAGCUACUGCUCGGUGUUGGCUGGUAUCUGAGGAGAUCAGAAAUGUUUGGAAAAUACAUAUGGCGGAAGAGAGGUAUGUGAUAGAUUAGAGGCCUGGCUCCAAACAGAAUAUUCUACGAGGCCAUAAUCCAGGCCACUCUUGUCUAAACUCCAUAAUGACAGGGAAAUUCCAAACUGGAGGAGUAAAUUCAGAUGCUAAAUUUCACUCUGACCAGGCUAUUUGUUCCAGCACAGUGACUCUAUCCCCACACUUAUGAGCAUGUGACAGAGAAACUGCCUUUGUGACAACUGAAGAUGGCAGUCUGAACUGAAUAGACAAACUUAUCAAAAAAUGUGUAAAAGCCAAUAUAAAUCCUGACCAUCAGCCUCAUACAAGGCACUCAGAACACUUUAUACCUGAAAGUAUGUGCCCUCCCUAUGGUGGUUCAAGCAUGAGAAUCAUUAAAAAAUCAAGGUUACUACCCAGACACUAUAAUGAACAAAAAUCACUGCCUUGACCUCAGAUUUUGUGAGUUCACACUUGUGUUUUAAUGCUUUACAGAUCGCCCCAAAACAACACUAACUUUUGAAACCUAUGAUUCUGUGAAAUAAAUGGAAGACACUUAAUGCAAAGAUCAAAAACUGUGGCCACUCACUUUUACAAAUGACUCUCAGUGGCCUACGAAAUACAUAUCAAAUAAAUUCUACACA